GAAGAAGAAAACCGUCACUGUGCUGCUUCCUCUUUUCAACGCCUCCAUUUUGUGGCCGCGACAGUUUACGAUAGUUUCAAUCGACGUGCGGCAGCGGAAAGUGUCGCAGCAGAAGUAAACAUGUGGAGGGUUCAGUAGCCAAUAAAAAACCCGUCUGAUGGAGAACUACAGCAAAGCUCGGACGGAGGAGCAGCCGUCUGUCUGUCCGUUCCCCGGCCUCCCACCUGAUACGCCGGAGGUCCGCGUGAAAGAUGGCAGCAAGAUCCGCAACCUGCUGCGUUACGCCCUGAGCCGCAUGGAGGCCAAACCCCGAGCAGCUGACGAUGAGGGGCGACCCCCGUCUGAGGAAGGGGGCGUGGCUGUGGAGGGACAACAGGAAGCUCGAGGCCGGCCGCUCUGCAAACACAUCGUCUUCACGGCGAGCGGUAAGGGCGUGUCUAAAGCCAUCACCUGCACUGAGAUCGUGAAGCGGCGCCUGAAGGGUCUCCACCAGCUCACCAGGCUGCUGUACAGCACCGUGGUGGAGGUGUGGGAGCCGCUGGAGCCCGCCGCCGGCCUCGACAGCCUGACAGUCAACAGGAACGUGCCCGCCAUCUGGAUCCUCCUCUCACAGGAACCACUGGACUGUAGCCAGCCUGGAUACCAGGCACCGGGCCGCUACGACACCCUGUGGGCUCAGUCUGCCAACAGGGAGGAGGGAGGAGGCUUCACUGGACAGAAACCAGGACACAAGAGGAAGAGAGGAGGAGGAGGAGGAGGAGGAGGAGGAGGAGGCAGAGGGAGGGGACCCGGCCGUCAGACCGGACGGUCCAGAGAAGCUGCUAAAGGACAAAGCUGAUUUAACUUUUACAAACUGAACAGACAUAAAGACUAAAAGGCUGUGAAGGAGCAUGAAGAAGACUCUGUGGACACUGAACGCACCGCAGCCGCUGUUCACUUCUUUAAUUUAAUGUGUUUGUCAUCAGCAGCUCUGCUUUCUUUACCAGCUGUGUUUUAUUUUGAGUCCUUUUCUCCAGUUUUCUGUGGAUCUACAGUAUGAACCUGAGUUCUGAAAGUGUGUUUUCUAACUGCGUUAAUUAAAGAAUUUUUAUUGGUUUCAGAGUGAAA